GGGUCUCGCACUAAAACCGUCUUUUACGCCGCUUUCAAUCUAUUUUUAGAUUUGGCACUCUUAUUUGGGUCCAGCUUUAUUUAUCCUAUUCUAUUUAUCAGUAGCCACUAGGAAAUCAAAUAAUUCGGACGUCGAAAUACCCCCAAGAGAAAUUAAAAAAAGGAAAAAAAUUAAAACAUAAUAUGCUGUAUAUAAAUUACAGCAUAAAAAUAUAUUUUAUAAAAUUGCCGUUAAAAAAAUCAUUUAGCUAAAACAUUCCGUUGGUUGAUAUAUUUGUAUUUGUUGUUUAGUUUCUACGAAUUGUAUUUUGUUGUUGUGUACUGAGUAGGUAUAUUUUUUUAUGAAGAAUGGUCAUGAUCAUGAAGUACUGCGGCGAUGGCGCGUCCCUGAGCACCGCCGGCAGCAAGCGCUCCGCCGUCUCGGCUUCGGACGCCGAGUGCUUCUCGCUGUGCCUGGGCGCCGGGCCUCUGUGGUGGUCCGAUGUCCCAGCGAACGACUCGGCACCGCCCGGAGGGGUGAACAGCGGGGCUUCGAGCCCCGCUAUCCCAUCCACCCCCACCCACGACGACAACAAUCGAGACUUGUUGAGCGCGCUACUAUGGGGCAGCGCGUCCUCGCUCAGCGGCAGCGCCGAGAGCCUGUGCUCCGAGCAUCCCGCGCUGCAGACGCAGCAUCAGCAAGCGGUGGUUAACAAGAUCUUGGAGCGUAAGGAUCGCCAGCCCGUGAAGAUCGACUUCAAAAUCUUCCUCACCGAGAACACCGUCACCCGUUGGGAAGCUGUGGUGCAAGGCAACACCAUGUUCCUGCGUCUGCCCGGAGUGCUUCAAGCCGGCAGCAAGGAGAGCUUCAUGCUACUGCUUGACUUCGCCGAAGAGCGUCUGCAUGUCGCUCACUGCAUAAUCUGCGUGCUGAAGUCCCGCGGUGACCGCGCCACACUCCUGCGCACCUUCAUGUUCAUGGGCUUCUCCCCCCUCCCCCCCACCGCGCCGCUGCUCCCCCCCGACGUCGCCAACCCCGACUAUAUGUUCCUGCAUUACAACAUGCAGUAAGCCCCGGUAUGAUUCUGUGUCCAGUGUGAAAUGAGGGCUUUUUGGAGUUGAAAAUUUGAUUGUGAUUUCUAUAGCAGGCAAGAAUGCCAAUGUGAUUGAGGUUGCAGGCGUCUGUAGGCUGCGAACCGUUUUCCACAGUAAAUCUUGCAAAUCACAUCUCUCACACGACAACAUCAUUGGAAAUCUUGCAAAUCACAUUACUCACACAACAUCGAUUGUCUAAAUAUGUAGAAAAAAACUCAGUUUCUUGCGACUAGCUAUAUGAAAGUGAGGCAUUUUACAACUUCACUCAAACUACACAACAAACAACAAACUCAAACAAUCAUAAAAAAAUCUGUAGUCCUCCAAAAAAGACUGAACGACAGAAUCAUACCUAAUAUAUUGAAGUAAUGCUAUACUUAAACAUGCGAGUUGUGCCACCAGACGACCAUCCAUAUAAUUCAAUUUUGCUCAAAAAGUUUAAGAUGGCAUUGCUCAAGGCAACUCGAAUGUAAUCAGGUUUCGGCAGUAGUGCGAUUAGUAAUAGUUGGCCUCACAGUUGUGUUGCGAUCUUAAUAAACUUUACCCCGACGGUUAUUAACACCAAUUCCAAUUUAUUUGUCAUCGUUAAAAAUACUGAUUUAAACUUUCACGAUUUUUACUCAUUAUUAUUCACAACGAUGGGACUUAAUCGCGUAAACUAAGUUUUAAAUCCGUCCACCGAGACCACGGGGACAACGCCGUCCUCGAAACGUUGGGGGUAAAUUUAAAACUUAGUUUACGCGAUAAGCCCCGUCGUUGUGAAUGAUAAUAGUUAAAAAUGUCUUACCGGUGCUCAAAAAAGAGCAUUUGACUGUCCGGUCAAAAUCUCCUGGAGGCCGGUUUCAUGAAAAAAUAUAAUCUACAACGCUAACAAGGUUUUUAAGUUAAUUUUAAAAGUAUAACUUAAAUUAUACUUAUUUGUGUUUUAGCUGUUGGGGUAAUAAGUUAACAGUUAUCUAGAAGACAUUGAGGUAGAAUUUUCUCGAUCAGCACAUUUCAAACACUUUGUCACGGCUUGCUUAGAGUAAAAGCGGCAACAAGUCUUAUAUUAGUAUUUAGAUAUUAAGUAUAUAUUGAUAUUACUCGAUUGCUUGGUUUUGAAGUAUUAUAGAAACUUUAGGGCAGAUAUUAACAUUGGCAAUCAAUUUCAUACUAUUUUAUCGAUUUGGAUUAUUCCUGAUAGUGUUUGGCCUAUUUUUUUUUAUUAAUUUGAACCGAAUUAAAAACAGUAUUGUAUUUGACAAGCAAACGAGUAAAAUUGUAUUUAAUUUCUACAAAUUCAGCUUCAGAUAUAUGCUCACUUGAAAUCAUUAAUAUUAAAUCUGAAGGAGUAGAAAUUUCAAUAAUUUCUUUAUUCAUUAUUAUUGUAAUAACAAGUAUGUAUGUCGUCGUGUAUUAUUAAUAUUCACCCUAUCCGGGAUAGUGCGAAAAAAAACAACAAAAAUGAUAAAAAAAAACUUAAAAAAGGUUAAAAACCCAAAAAAAUGUUUGUAAAAAUAUUUCGAACUCCUCACGGAAUUUUUGUACACAAUUCUGUUCACACCUAAACAUCAGCAGUCCGAAAUAUUUUUUUCUUUAUUAUAUAAAAUCACAUUUUUUUCCUAUGCUGCGAACUAGCAAAAUUUAUUUACUAAAAUUAACUUUUGCUAUUUAGUGGUUACAUAAUAUAUAAAGUACAUAGCAGGUAAGUGGUUUUAUGUUAAUUCCCGUAUUUAGUAUUACGAUUAUUUCUCGCCGUUUUGAGCAUAAUUAUGUAUACAAGCCAACAAACAUAAUUUUGUAUGGGCAUACCAUGAGUAUUUCUUCAUUAUUUGUGUAAAAUUGAUUAUGCUCAGGGGUAAGGUGUAGAUUAUAAUUUCACAGCGUCUUCAUUUCAGUAUUUUUCACUAAAAGUAUUAUUCGAUCUUUCUUCUUUGUUAAAAGUGAAUAGGACACGCUGUAUGUAGAAUAAUGGUAACUUUAAAUGUAUUAAUUACUUGAUAAACGAUUAAAGUAAAUCUUAAUUAA